AUGGAGAAGUUCUCCAGGUGGAGGCCCUUCCUGCCGCUGGCUUCGCCCUCCUCUCCGCUCCGCAUCGUCCUCUCCCCCCUCUCUUUAAUCAUUGGCCUUGCGCGCGCCGUCCUCCUCGCCGUCCUCCUAGUCAUCUACCUGACGCUCGGCACGCUUGCCGCUCCCAUCCGCCCGCUCUCCAACGUGGUAACCUACAUCUGUGCGCGCACCGCCCUUUUCAUCUUGGGCUGGUACUGGAUCGACACGGAACUCACGAGCGCGAAGAAGAAGAAGGGCACAGCAUACACCCCGCCGCCGCCGCGCCGCGGCGACCUCAUCCUCGCAAACUGGACGAGCUGGGUCGAUGUCCUCGUCCUCGCCUACCUACACAACCCCGUCUUCCUCCUGCCUGUCUUCACGGGCCCCGCGCCGCUGCCCGAGCCCUCGUUCGGGCGCGCGACCGGCACGGGAUCAGCGAACAUCCUCGCGCCGGCCGGCCCGCCGCCGCCGUGCGCAGGCUACGUCGCCGUCUCCCCUCUCGCACUCAUGGCGCGGGCCGGCACGCUCCCGCCGCUCGUAGAUGAGGUCGACCCCGCGAGAGUCUACCCCACGCUCGCGGCCGCACGCCGCGCGAUUGCUGCGCCCACCGUCCUCCUCCCCGAGGGCACGACGAGUAAUGGCCGCGCGGUGCUGCGCUUCGGCGAGGGCGUGCUCGCCGAGGAUGUGAGCCAGGGCGGCGUCGUGUGGAUCAAGUUCGUACGGCACGCCCCGCCUAGUGCGCUCCUUCCCGGCGCCGCGUGCUCCUUGCCCCGCGCGGGCGCACACUUCCGCAGCGUGCUCUUCACCCCGCCUGUUCCGCGCGCCGCUGCCGUGCGCACCCUCCACCCCUCUAACGCACCGAGCGCGCCCACGUUCAUGCCCAGCGAGGUGCUUGCUUCGCAGCCCGGCGGCCUGGGAGCCGCCAAGGCCGGCGCGGAGUGGCGUGACGCGUGCGCCAUUGUGCUUGCUGAGACGGGGCGGGUGCGUCGCGUCCCCGGCAUGGGCUGGGUCGAGAAGGCCAGCUUCCUCGACUACUAUGCACGGUCGAGGCGAUGAACCACAUCUCUCAUAUCCCAUGCACAACCUGCACAGUCAUACAAUCUGCAUCAACGAGUCUAUAUCAUUUGCAGUCUAUCACAACUAAUCACAUUUUCUUUCAUAAUUACGAGACGUGGUGUCCGCCCGCCAGCUCACGCUCAAGCGCCGAAUUAGGGUGCUCAUCCUUGUCCUGCGUUGGGUUGGCCGUUUCAGAGAACGCGGGGCCAACGCCAGCACCGGUGCUCUGUGGAGGGGGAGGCGCGGGUGGCAGCUCGUGUUGCGACG